AUGGCCGCCGCAGUGACGGAGUACGGCGGCGGCGGCGUGCGUUUGUUGUCAACUAUAGCUCUCAUCAUGCGCUUGAAGUUGGGCGAGUGGCGUGAUGUCGCCGAGCGACAACGCCCCGGUUCCCGCUUAAUUCCGCAGCCGACUUCUUGGGUGAAUUCACGUCGUUUGUCCUCGCGCCUAGUUGAUGUAAAUUUUCGGGAUAAAACGAUAACAGGAUGGCUAAAAGAAGAAGCCAAUCCAAUUCAAAGGCGUCGUGGAGCCAAGAGCAACUAAACAGGGACAAAUAAUGAAACAACUACAUUAUGACAACCCCGUUCCUUCUAUUUCCAGCAUUGGUUAACCUGUCACUGUUAAGGAUCUUUUGCCACUACGAAAUAAGUCGAGGGACAAGAAAAAAACAUACGAUCUCGCAAACAGUAUUAACAGAAACUCCUAACAAAGAAGCUUUAGUCGAGAAAGAAAACAGAAAAAUUACAAAGGAGAAGAAAAAGCCAAUUCUUAAAAUAAAAACCGAAAAAACGACUUAUAAUAGAAAAGGAAAAUCAAUGGAAGUGAAAAAAAGCUAAAAAGAUAGUGCUAAAGUGCUCCAAGAUAUAAACAAAUGAAAUGAGAGGACGUCGGACUCAGAAGUAGAAAUGACAGACCUGCAUAAAGACGAAGACACCGAUGCUGACGAAGAUUAUGAAAACAAAUGUUUAAUUUGCGAUGAUUAUGGACGUGAUAACGAGCUCUGCUAUAGAUGUGUGCUGUGUGGUGUCUGGGCACACUCUGAGUGCUCUGGUUAUGACUCUCCUGAGGGUUACAUUUGCGACUCAUGCCUGAACAAAGCUUGACCGGCAUUAGCAACCUACUGACUGGUUUUACCUGCCGAUGUGUCUAAUACCAGUCAAACUCGAUUUUUUUUUAAAUGCUUAUUGUGCUAAAUUUGUUUAAAUUAUUGAUCUGAAUUAAUGUGAUUUUGAUAGAAGAAUACCUAUAGUUUGAUUGUUAAAAGGUUUAAUAAAAAAAUGUUUAUAAUUAUUUGAUUUGUGAUCAUUUUGCCUUAAGUGACCGGUAA